AAACACUUACGGCCAAGAUCAGCCUGUUGUACUCGUCCAACGUUGAGUUCGAGAACAUGGGCUUCAUCGAAUUUGCCAAGCGAACCAACGAACGAAUUUUGUCCCUCUAUCCUGUCCGUAGAUGAAGUGUGGUGGGAGGGACGGUCAUGGCUUCCAAGACGGCGACGUUGGCAGCACUGCCAGCUGUUCUGGGAUUUGCCUCUGUUCGGGUGUACGCCAUAAGUGAAGCAAAGGAAGAGGAGCUGCUCUCUCCCCAACAGCUCUCUGUAUACUCGCCCCUGCCCAGGCAGCUUCGGUAUGUUGAGGAGGACCCCGGGCUGCUGCAGAAGGGGCUGGGAGUGGUGCGGGUGGGGCUGCUGCCCUACUUCAGGGCCAUAAAGAAUGCCUGUGUUACCAUCAAAAUUGGAGCUGUGAAUCUGUAUCAUGCUGGACAAGAUACUUACGAGUACCUUAAAGACCCACCGCCAGGCUUUCUUCCCAGGGUUAGCGUGAUCACUGUUUCGGGAUUAGCAGGUCUGAUUCUGGCCAGAAAAGGAACCCGUUUGAAGAGGGUGGGGACGUCUCUGGGACUGGCCACUAUGGGGACGGCCGUAUGCUACCCCGUCCAAACGGUGGGGGUACUGAAGCUGACAGGGAAGCAGGCAUAUGCAGCCACACAGUGGGCGAGCUCUUCAGUGGCCUCGCUAUGGAAACCACGUCCUGCCAAAGAAGCCAUCGUUCCCUCAGCCAGCCCUGAGGCAGUGCCAGUGCCAAGCCAAGAACCCGAAGUGCCACCAACCAAGCCCGUCCCUGAAGCUGAACCGGCCCCACCUCCUGCAGACGAGCCAAGCCCCACACCCCCUCCUGACUCCGCCCCUGCAGAGGAGACCCCGCCCCCUGAUUCAGACACCGCCCCUGCAGAGGAGACUUCCCUGGUCCCACCCCCUGCUGCAGACUCCGCCCCCGCUGAAACUCCCACUGCACCUUCUCCAGAGGGGGAUACUGUCCCUUCUCCCCCUGAGUCUGCCCUGCCCGAGGAGGCACCACCACUGCCAUCCCCUGAGGUCCAGCCCGCUCCCGUCCCAGAACCGAGUCCAGAACCGGCAUCUCCAGAGCCUCCUGCAGAGCCCCCAGUGGACACCCCCCCAGAGCAAAGCACUCCUCCCGCUGAUCCGCUUCUGACACCUGCUUCUGCUGUGGAACCUGCUCCCCCUCUGUCUGUAGAGGAGACUGCCUCACUGGCCCCUCCCCCUGUAGAGGAGACUGCCUCACUGGCCCCUCCCCCUGUAGAGGAGACUGCCUCACUGGCCCCUCCCUCUGUAGAGGAGACUGCCUCACUGGCCCCUCCCCCUGUAGAGGAGACUGCCUCACCGGCGCCUCCCCCUGUAGAGGAGUCUGCCGCACCGGCCCCUCCCCCUGUGGAAGAGACUACCACACUGGCCCCUCCCCCUGUAGAGGAGACUGCAACGCCGGCCCCUCCCCCUGUGGAGGAGGCUGCCACACCGACCCCUCCCCCUGUGGAGGAGGCUGCCCCACUCCUUGUUGAGGAGAGUGCCCCUCUAGCCCCUCCCCCUGUAGAUGAGACUGCCCCUCCCCCUGUGGAGGAGACUGCCCCACUGGCCCCUCCCCCUGUGGAGGAGACUGCCCCACUGGCCCCUCCCCCUGUAGAGGAGACUGCCCCACUGGCCCCUCCCCCUGUGGAGGAGACUGCCCCUCCCCCUGUAGAGGAGACUGCCCCACUGGCCCCUCCCCCUGUAGAUGAGAGCGUCCCGCUGGCCCCUCCCCUUGUAGAGGACACCGCUCCGCUGCUUGCUGCUUCUGACCCUGCCCCUGCUUCAGCUCCAGUAGAGCAGCCUGCUUCCCCACCAGCUGCUGCUGACCCUGCUUCCUUGGAGCCCGCUGCUGAGGUUCCAGAUAAGCUUCGAUUCGCCCCUGACCCCAAGCUGCUGGACCACGGCCAGUCCAGUCCGGAGGACGCUGACCUGUACAGCACACGCAGCUGAGUGACGCGGGGGCGGGUGUGGGAGCGGGAGGGGGUGGGGGGUGGCUGUUGGUACACUAUUAUGGGACUCGGGUUCAGCACACAGCAGCGUGCUGUAUGGGUAUGCUACAGGCACUCGGGUGUGUAAUCCGUGUGCUUCAUCCAGGGAACAGCUCAUCCUCUCAUUGUGUCUAAUUCCCACGCUGGCGGCGUUCUGUGGAGCCUGCAGCCCGCAGAUCGCUGCCUUGCAGUCCAGCUGGAGCAUGGUCUCCCCCCGGGGCCGGCUCUCCGCUCUGGGGACGCAAUCCAGAACCGUCCGGUCGCCCGGGUAACUGGUCUGUCAUUACUGGCAAAUUUGCGCAAUCAUCUCAACGUGGCCGCGCUUAGCAGAGCAAGCCGCAAGCCUCGUCACCAAACCGCUAUUCUGUGGGCUAAUUUCAGUACGCCGUCAGGAACUUCAUCUGUGAUCUAUGCAAUGCAUUUCCACUUACUGCCGUUAUUACACUUAAGUUAUUACAGGUAUUUUUAUAAGCUCUUUUUCCCAAAGGGAAGAGAGUAGCAGAUCAACUGUGAUGUCACAGGAAGCCAGAGGUAAGAGGAAGUGAGGAUACUCUGGUUUCCCUGUGCCUGGGGCUGGAAGGGGUCUGUCUAAUUUCAGUGACGAGGGCAAACGGACUUUCUGUGGGUGGGGCAAGGGGCAGCGUGGGUUUAUACCUGAGGUCUGGUCUACAUGCACUAAUGAACUGACUACAGCACUUGCAUAACAUACAACCACCCUUGUUAACUGGUAGUGUACAAACGAUACGGGCCACCAUAUGUCUUUUGAAUCAUUUGAAUGCCAAAUGCAAAUGACCCUUGAGGUAUAUGUCUUGUAAAUGUUUGGCUUUGUUGAAUCAGUUUGCAUUUUGAGUGUUUUCAAGCGGACGUCUUGUGCAUUCAUCGCUGAAUGAAUUUUAAUUUAUAUUUGCCUGACAGAAAUGCGUACUUUUAUUAGGAUCCAUGAGAUUGCUGCCAGUAUGACAUUUCAUGCACUUGAAUUUUCAAAAGCUGUUUAAUUCAUCAUCAUUUACAUUUGGUAUUCAGAUGGUUCUUAAAUUAUGUGGAGUUUCAGUGUGAUGUCCUUAAAAAGGCCAAAGGGAAUGGUGAAUAAAGCAAUCUUUUAAUGUUAA